AAUAGAAAAGUGAACAAUUGAUAUCAAGGUAAAUAAACAUGCUAUGCAAUGUCAUGGUCAUAGAAAGCUCUGAGUUGGUGUUACAUUUCUCUUACUGUCCUCUACUUAAAUAGUAUAGAGUAUAGAUCUAGCACAGCCCUAGCUAGAUUAUUAUAUGUUUUCUGAGACAUAAAGAUAAGACAUGGGUGGAUCAGAAAGUAAAUCCACAGACCUCAAGCACGAGUUAAUGUUUAAUGAAGAUGAAAAAGAGAAAGUUAAUUAUGUAUUUUCUAGCAUUUCUCAUGGAAGAAAAAGUUUUAACAAAGAAAACUUGCAGCAUUUUAUGAGCCCAGUCUUAGAUGCCCACACCAUAGACCGCUUGUUUGAUUUUCUGGAUGGACCUUUGCAACAGAAACAUCAUCAUCGCCACCAUGCUCACCACAGCCAAUCACAGGAAGUACAUAUACAUCAGUUUGCCUCUCAGCUUGCAUGUCUGUUGAAGGGCCAGAUUCCUGAUCUUGCUCAAACAUGUGUUUUUUUAGCUUCUUCAACUGCAAAAACAGUUUCUGUUCAAGAUUUAGUCAAGUUUGUUACCAACAUUUUGCACAGUUAUGAGAAGCUGCUAUCUGCGCACUGCACAGCCUACCAGAGCUGGAUAUUUGCUAGUGCGGGGGAUUCACAUGACAUUUUAGCCACAUCUCUCUUGAGUGAUUUUUUAAAAUCAGAUAAUGCUAAGGUCACAAAAUCAGAAUUAUCAGCAUCCAAUGGGCAGUUAAUGUUGUCUGAGGAUGAUGUUGAGACAUGGUUGACCAAGUGUAUUUUGUUCACUCAGGUUUUAAAACAAGUUUUACUUGGAGCAUUCCAGUUCUAUCAACAAGAACCACAGCAAAUGACAUUUCUACCUCGUGUGCCACAAGUUCGAGACACAAACUGGUCCAAAUUUAAAACCAUUCUUGACUUCCCAACAGUCCUUUAUCUCAACUUUGCACUGAACACUGAUCUACAGACACAGUGGAAACUUAUUUUCAGUAAUAAUCUUCAUGGGUGCAGCUUCUCCCAACUGCUUCAGAGUAUCAGAAAUAAAGGCCCAACUUAUCUGAUCAUCAGGGAUAAAGAUGGACAUGUAUUUGGAGGCUUUGCCUCUGUUUCUUGGGAUAUCAAUCCUAAAUUUACUGGUAACACAUCAUGUUUUGUGUUCCAAGCAAGGCCAAACUUUGCCAUUUAUACAGCUACUGGCUAUAAUGGCAAUUUCAUGUAUUUGAACCACCAAGUACAGACUUUACCCAAUGGACUGGGAAUGGGAGGUGUGUUUGAAUAUUUUGGUAUUUGGAUUGACCAGUCUUUUGACAAGGGACACAGCAAGGCCGGUGCUAAAGGUAAUACAACCUAUGGCUGCCCACAGUUGUCAGGACAGACAGAGUUUCAAGUGGACUGUAUAGAAGUCUGGGCAAUAGGAAGGGUAGAACGGAAAGAAGGACAAGAAGAAGAUGACGAAGAAGAAUCAACAGAUGGUGCCAAGGGAGCUCCUAAAAGUAUUCUUGACAAACUAGCAUCUGAAGACAAAGCUAUACUUGACAUGAUUGACAGAGGAACAAAAAGUGAUGCACUCAGAGAUGAGCCAAUAGUGGAAGAAACCAAAGCCCACAGUACAAUAAUAUCUCCGUUCUGACCAUUACCCUGGUCUGUUGUAACUAAUCAAGUCUGUGAGUCAGGUAAAAUUUUCUCCCCUAUUUUCACUGCUGGACAUAUAUGUAUAGGAGUUAAACCUUAGAAUAUGCAGCAUCUGCAAAUAUGACCCAUUGUACAUAUAGCCAGGUAAUAAUAGGAGCUUUGGCUGCCAGUUGUUUCAUAUACAUGGACUUGUGCAAUUGACUUUUCUACAAGUGUGUAGAAACUUGUUGGUUUUGCUACUGGUACUUGUCAUAUUGCUACAAGUUUACUUUCCUUCUGCUCCAUUUAAAGUUGCUAGAUAAGUUAUUUAUUGAAACACAUUCAUACAUACUUCUCUUGGUAUUACUGGUAUACUGUAUAUAGAAAUGCUAAAAACUAUUGUGGUGCUAUGUGUGAAGACAUGAUAAAAUGGAGAGUAAAAAGAUUUUUUUUUUAAUUGCAUUGUUGCAUGUUUAUUAAUGAUUAGGUAAAAUAAUGUUUUAAAGUGUGAACACUUGAUUGUCAGUUGUAGCUCUCAUUGUUUGAAGUACACCAAAACAGCUUGCAAUGUUCCAGAUAACAGAUGUGAUAAUCAGUUUUAAUAUGAUUUACAUUUUUUGUGUACCUGGUUCCAUAUUUUUUUCUAUCAAUGUUUAACAACAGUAUUGGUGAAUGCUUUGAUUUUCAUACUUUAUUUUUAAAAUGUGUCAAACUAAGUGGUUAUCAGCUAGGUUACAAUUAAUUAAUUGAAUAAUGUAAGAACUGUAGUGAUGUGUAAUAAAUGUAAUGUAUGGCCACAGUUCUAGUCAUGGUGAACAGAGUAAGUUGACAACUCCUACUUCUAGCAAUGUUUUAUUCUCUAAACAAUUUUCUUAGUUGAUUCUAUCAGUACUUGAGUAUUUGGAGGCAUAAAAAAGAGAGUAUUUUUCAGAUUAUAAUCUGAAUAUUUGUUCUCGUGUGUACAAAAUGCUACCUAAACCAAAUUUCCAUUUCACCAAACCAAGUCAUUUCCUACCUAGCCCAAAUCACCCACAGCUAAUUGACUAAUUAAGAAUGACAAAAAUAUGAUUGGAAUAGAAUAUGUAAAACAAAAGACAAUGUGAUUUUUUUAUGUACAUUAUAUUGAUGUGUACGUUAUUUUAUUCUUUUUUUUUUUUAUUGUGCAUUUUGUAAUAUGAAUUCAGUUAUUUAUAUUAACAAUUGAUAGAAAUAAUAAAAAGAUAAAAUAUACAUUUGAUUUAUUUAUUAUUAAUAUGUAAUGAUAAAUUUCACAUCUUUAGAUAGCAAGUAACUACUUUAAUACAGUACUUUUGUAGUAAAGUUGUCUUGCCAUGACUGUUCAUCGCUGCAAUAGUUUAUGUUUAUAAUUAACUCGAGUCAAAAGAUUAUUUAGCCUUUUCUUUAACAUUCCAUUGGAGUUAAAAAGUUUUUUUUUAAUUUCUUUUCAUCUGUUUUUUAAAUUACUUUUAGACAUAACAAUACUUUUUUUAAUGUAUUGUACAACCUUUGUUAAAAAUAUAUUCUUUAUUUAUACUAGUUCAUGUAGAUGUUUUUUUACAAUUCAUUUGUUUUCUUCAAGAUCAUAAAAUGUGUUCUGGCUGAAAAAAAAGUAGCCUGCAUUUAUAAUGAAAACCUACUUUUAAAAAUUGCAGGUGCUUUUUAUUUUAAUUAGUGAAUUUGUAAAAAAAAAAUUGGUUUUAAUGUGCUACUAGAUCUACUACU